CAAACACCCCCACUAAUGCAAACCCACCACUUUGUGCUUGUGUGUGCAAGAAAGGUAAAAGCUUUCACACACCCUUUUCACUUCUCAAAAAACAAAAGGCCAUGGCUGGUUCCUCUGCUUCUCUUUUGUUCCUUUUCCUUCUCUUUGGAUUCUCAGCAGCUAAGGAGCUAUUGGUUGGAGGCAAAAUAGAUGCUUGGAAGAUUCCAUCUUCUGAAUCAGAUACCCUCAAUCAAUGGGCUGAAAGGUCUCGUUUCAGAGUGGGCGAUCAUCUAGUGUGGAAAUAUGAGAGUGGGAAGGACUCAGUGUUGGAAGUAACAAGGGAAGAUUAUGCUAAUUGCAGCACAUCCAACCCCAUCAAAGAGUACAAUGAUGGAAACACUAAGGUGAAGCUUGAACAUCCUGGUCCAUUUUACUUCAUCAGUGGAUCAAAGGGGCACUGUGAGAAGGGGCAAAAGUUGAUUGUGGUGGUAAUGUCUCCAAGGCACACAUUCACUGCCAUUAUUUCUCCAGCACCAACACCUUCUCCAGCAGAGUUCGAGGGUCCCGCUGUUGCUCCUACUAGCAGUGCCUCAACGUUUCAAGUUGGCCUUCUCACUGCUCUUGGAGUUUUGGCUAUUUAUGUGGGUUUUCUCAUGUAAAUGAGACUCACCCCCAUCUAUGUAUGUGUGUUUUCUCAUGUGAAUGAGAUUUACCCCCAUCUCAUGGUGAAGAAGUUAUUGUGAUUUGUGGAUCUAUUCUUUUGUGUAGUGAAUAUAUAAUAUUUUUCAAAUAAUCAUAUAUCAAAAUAUGAGAGAUAGCUUUAUUAAUUGAAUAGAACAGUUGCGCUAAAAUUCAUCUUCAAUAUAUACAUGAAGUAAGUCAGUCUGCUAUUCCUUCCCAUUUCCCAUCUCUAUUAUAUGGAUGUUCCUUGUAGUUCUUA